UGGUAAUGAAAAUGAAAUUGUUCCGUAAGCUGUAACGUAACUCGAUUGCGUACUAAGUUCCUUCGCCAAUUUUAUCAACAUAGUUAACAGUAGUUUAAACGCUUUAAUACUGCGAUCACGUCUCAGCGGUAACAGUUUUGAGUGAAAGUGAUUUAUGAUGAUUUCCCCAAUAAUAAAAUGGAUUUGUAAUCAUAAACUUUUAGCAUUCUUGGGUGUAGCGACGUUUUGUUUUUUUGUAUCUACAGUUGUUCUUUCUGUACAAAACAGCAAAUUGAAAGAGUCCUCUCACAUUUCCUCCGAAAUGGAUAACCGAUAUAGGCUCCCAGAUUACAUAAAGCCUACAAAUUAUCAGUUAAAAUUGAGUCCAAACAUAGCACAAAAAACUUUUGAUGGGAUAGUUGCUAUCUCACUGUACAUUACAAAACCAACCAAGACAAUCACAUUACACACCAAAGAUUUGGAAAUAAAAUCAGUGGAUUUUAAAAACUAUUUUAAUCAAAGUAUAGAAGUGUCUUCUUCAAAUAUAAUAGAAAUCGCAGAGGUACUACAAGUCAAUCUACAGAAGGAAGUAGUGCCAAAUACGAAUUAUAAGCUAGAAAUAGAAUUCUCUGGCAGAUUAGACAAAGGAAUAGUUGGUUUUUAUUCGAGCACAAUGAGGAACCGAGAUACAAUGGUUGCUAGUAAGUUCCAGCCAACUUAUGCUCGACAAGCUUUCCCCUGUUUCGAUGAGCCAGAAUACAAAGCAACAUAUGACAUAACAUUAGUCAAACCCAAGGAGUACAUCGCCCUGUCUAAUAUGAAUGAAAUAUCAAGGUCCUUAGCGAAUUCUUCAGACUCCGAGGCAGUCACCUUUGCAACCAGUGUUCCGAUGUCGACAUACUUAGCAUGUUUUGUUGUUUGCAAUUUUGAUUAUAAGGAGGUCGAUGUUAAUGCAAACGGUAUCGGAAGUAACUUUAAAUUGCGAGCCUUUGCUCAGAAAGAUCAGACGCAUAAAAUAGAUUUCGCUCAUGACAUUGGGAAACGUGCCACAGAAUUUUAUAUCAAUUAUUAUGAAGUUCCCUUUCCACUUCCAAAGCUGGAUAUGAUUGCUAUUCCGGACUAUGUGUCUGGAGCAACGGAACAUUGGGGUCUGAUAACAUAUAGGGAAACAUCCUUUCUUAUCGACAAUGAUUUGGCGUCGUCAAGGAAUAAAUUAAGUGUUGCCAACACAGUUGCACAUGAAUUAGCUCAUAUGUGGUUUGGUAACUUAGUUACAAUGAAAUGGUGGGAUGAGGUUUGGUUGAAUGAAGGUUUUGCUUCAUACAUGCAAGUCAAAGCUUUAAAUGCUAUUGAACCUUCUUGGACAAUGUUGGAUCAGUUUUUAGUGAGGACCAUGCAUUCUGUGCUAGAUAUUGAUUCAAAAUUAUCAAGCCACCCCAUUGUGCAAACAGUUGAAACACCCGAUGAAAUAACAGCCAUCUUUGAUUCUAUCUCAUACAAUAAGGGAGCCUCGGUAUUAAGAAUGUUAGAAGGUUUUAUUGGUGAGGAGAAUUUCAGACUUGGUGUUUCGGAUUAUUUAAAGAAAUAUAAAUAUGGCAACACCAUCACACAAGACUUGCUUUCGUCGCUAGAACCAUAUUUUAGAAAAGAUAAUCCCACCCUCAGUCUAACUUACAUAAUGGACACUUGGACAAGACAGAUGGGUUACCCUCUGAUAAGUAUCAAAUCGGGUGAUAAGCCGAACACCUACAUCAUCCGUCAAGAACGAUUCCUCAUAGAUCCAGAGGCAAAAGACCCUGAACCAUCAAAAUAUAACUACCGUUGGCUCAUACCAAUUACAUACACCAGUGAUAAGGGUAGAAAUGAUAAUAUCACCUGGUUCCCUGACAACAGUGACUCGAUCCAGUUGACUUUAAAUGAUGGCGAAGAAUGGUUUAAAAUUAAUAACAAUCAAAUCGGUUACUACAGAGUCAACUAUGAAGAUAGCAUGUGGAUUAAAUUGGUAGAGCAACUGAAAAAUAAAUCCACUAAGCUAACAAUAUCAGACAGAUCUCAUCUCCUAAACGAUGUGUUCGCUUUGGCAGAAGCUCAAAUAGUGUCGUAUGAUGUGGCUUUAAACCUGUCUGCUUAUUUGGAUGUUGAAACUGAUUAUGUGCCUUGGGAGACGGCGAGCUCGAUAUUCUCCGAACUAUCAGACAGAUUACUAAACACCACCGCCCAUGAUCACCUCGAGGUAUAUAUACAAAAAAUAAUAAAACCACUGUAUGAUACAAGAUCAUGGGAGAGAAGUAACUUGACGGUUAUUGAAGGCUUACUCCGUACCAGAGUUCUCUCUCUGGCUACAAACUAUCAGCUACCCGAAGCGAACUCGAAGGUCCGCAGUUUAUUCUUGUCCUGGUUGAGUUCACCCAACGAAACUAAAAUAGAACCGGAUCUUAGAGACUUUGUUUACUAUCACGGGAUGAAAUCAGCGACGCAGGAAGAGUGGGAUAAAUUGUGGCAAAUAUAUGUGAACGAGGAAGACGUCCAAGAACUGUCCAAAUUGAGGAGUGCUUUAUCAGCGCCCAGAGAUGGAAAUAUAUUACAGAGAUAUCUCACAUUAGCGUGGGAUGAGAACAAUAUAAGGAGUCAAGACUACCUGACUGUGGUGCAACAGAUAAGUUCCAACCCAUCCGGAACAGAUCUCGUGUGGGAUUACGUUAGGAACAAUUGGACAAAAUUCGUUGAUAGAUUUACUUUGAACAGUCGCUACUUGGGCAAUCUUAUACCAGGCGUGACCGGAAGCUUUAAAACUGUUGAUAAACUUAAGGAGAUGGAGUCGUUCUUCGCUAAAUAUCCUGAUGCGGGCGCUGGAGAACUGUCCCGUCAACGAGCGCUGGAGAACGUCCGCGACAAUAUCCGCUGGACCAACAAACACAUGACAGUUGUGGCAAAUUGGCUCAAGAACAGAUUAUAACAACAUUUAAAUAUGGAAUACGUUAAUUUGUGGCGUGAAUUUUGAAUUUGGAACUUAAUGAUCCGUGGCGCCGGAAUGUAUGAAGAUGAUGUAAUUUGAAUUUAGAAUUCACGAGUGAUGUUUAUAUUAUAGUGGACUUUAAUAAAGUGUUGUUAAACAAA